UUUCUUAAGGCUUAGGGCUUAAAUCUCUAUUGUAGACUAGGACUAAUAGCGACCCAGGUAACCAGGUAAUAAAAUGAUCAUUUCAAUUGCCAUCAAGGCAUGGGACGUUUUAUAUCAUCAUUUUGACUAUUCAUAUGUCCCUCAUCACUUUGAUUAGGCUGUCUUCACUGGGCUGCUAUCUGGGUAUAAGACCGACGUUUUGGAGAGUCCGCUCUAAUCUGAAAAUAUUUCUGUUUUAGAUGACGACACGACUCCGCUGCUGCGCCCAUGUAUCGGAAUAGAGUUUUCUUCAUCCGUCACUCGUAACCCCUAAAUUCGCCCAACGGUGCCAGAACGUCAUGUCGAGUGACGAAGAAGAUCAACAGCAACAACAGGAGGAAGAAGAGAAACCGUUCGCCGUGGAACGCGCGAAAACUGGCCGCGCGAAAUGCAAGAGGUGCAAAUGCCCGCUCGAGAAGGGCGAGAUACGGAUCGCCAAGUACGUGACGAGCUUCUUCUCGGACGGCAAACAGAUGCCGGCCUGGCACCACGUCACCUGUCUGUUCGACGCGUUUGCGAAACAACGUGCCACCACCAAAAGGAUCGACGAUCCCGCGGAGGAUGUGAAGGGUUGGGAGCAAUUGUCCGACGACGACAAGAAGAUCAUCUUGGACAAGUUGGAGGCAUUCGAAAAAUCUUUGCCGGCUAAGGGUUCGAAGAAAACCGCAUCGUCGCGCAAAGCGGCUGUUUCUUCUAGUAACUCUUCGGGGAAGACAGUGAAGAAGAAUACAGAUCAGAAGAAGGUCGCAACAGACGAUAAAGAGAAAGAUAAGGAGGGAAAGAGCAAAGUCCCGUCGAAGGAUGAUUCCUUUCGCGAAUUUCGACGCAUAUGCAGCAAGGUCGCCGACGUCGACGCCUACACCGACAAGACUGCGAUUAUUAAGAGGAUGUUCACAGCAGGAUCACUCGGAGACGGUUUUAAGGGCGACAUCGUACUCUGGUGCAAAAUGCUGUUGCCCGGCGCCGUGAAAAGAAUUUACAAUCUGCAAAGCAAGCAGCUGAUAAAAUUGUUCGCGCGAUUGCUGCUCCAGGACGAGGACGCGAUGCUGGAGCAUCUGGAGCAAGGCGACGUGGCCGAGACGAUCAGCGUGUUCUUUGAAAAUAGCGCUGCCGUGUCGCCUUGCGCCGCGAGCGUGUUGACAAUUCAAGACGUUGACCUCUUUUUGGAAAACUUGUCGCGUUUGACCAAGGAGGAGGAGCAGAUCCAGCAUUUUCGAUCUAUUCUCGAUAAAUGUACGAUUAAUGAUCUGAAGAUGAUCGUGCGUCUGAUCAAACACGACCUGAGGAUCAAUGCUGGGCCGAAACACAUUCUCGAGGGAGUCAACGCGGAUGCGUACAAAGCCUUCCAGAUGUCCCGAGAUCUGGAAGCGGUGGUGCGACGUUUCCUGCCGAACCUGGAGGAUAAGCCGUGCGCCUCAAGCUCGAUUUUAAGCCGAAAUAAAGUGGCCAUCUCGCUGAUGACGCCCGUUUUACCGAUGCUGGCACAGGCAUGCACGUCUGUGGAGAUGGCGAUGCGAAAGUGCCCGAACGGGAUGUUGUCGGAGGUCAAGUACGACGGCGAGCGCGUGCAGGUGCACAAAAGCGGAAACGACUUUCGAUACUUCAGCAGAUCUCUCAAGCCUGUUCUGCCGCACAAGGUGAACCUCUUCAAGGAUUACAUAAAGCAGGCGUUUCCUAACGGUGACGAUUUAAUUCUCGAUUCUGAGAUUCUCAUGGUCGACAAUCAGACCGGGCAACCUUUGCCUUUCGGCACCUUAGGAGCUCACAAAAAAGUUGAAUUCAAAAACGCCAACGUGUGCCUUAUUGUCUUCGACUGCAUGUAUUACAACGGCGAGAUACUUAUAGAGAAAUCUAUGUUGGAGCGCAGGAACAUCUUGAAGGACAGGAUGACCGAGAUACCGAACAGAAUAAUAUUGUCGGAGGUUCACGAAGUGCAUGAUCCGCGGGAUUUAGCGGACAGGAUUAUCCACGUGUUGAAACUGGGCCUCGAGGGUUUGGUCCUAAAGGACAUCGAUAGCAAAUACGAGCCGGGCAAAAGACACUGGUUGAAGGUAAAAAAGGACUAUCUGUGCGGCGGUGCGAUGGCUGAUAGCGCAGAUCUCGUCGUGCUUGGUGCAUGGUACGGCACAGGCAACAAAGGCGGCAUCAUGUCGGUUUUCCUAAUGGGUUGUUACGACGAGAAGCGCGACAAGUGGUUAACCGUUACCAAAGUACACACGGGACACGACGAUGCUACCCUGGCGGCACUGCAGGAUCAAUUGGACAUGGUGAAGAUCGGCAAGGACACGGAGAAGCUACCGAGCUGGUUACUCGCCGAAAAACCCAUGGUACCAGAUUUCGUAGCGAGGGAUCCCAAGAAGCAGCCGGUAUGGGAGAUAACGGGCGCCGAGUUUACGAAUCAGGGGGUGCACACCGCGGAUGGCAUCAGCAUCCGGUUUCCGCGCGUCACGCGGAUCCGCGACGACAAGGACUGGCUGACAGCCACCACUCUGGACGAGCUACGUGGCCUCUUCCAGAAGAAGCCCGGGUCCGUCGAUUUCAGCCGUCUCCUCGGCACGUUAACGGAUGUCAAGGACGCCCCGAGAAAGAAACUGUCCGAUCCUACGGAUACAUCGCCGAGAAAGACCGAGAGUGCGAGGGCAGGCUCGUGGGAUGCGCCAUCAACGAGUUCCAAGGCCAAAGAGGAGCCGACGGACGUCAAGGAGAAAGUUAAGGCAGUAUCGUUUCCGGAAGGAACCCUUAAAAGACGAAAGAGGGAUGAAUGCGACGAUGGUUCACCGGACAAAGUCCGGUCGGAGAAGAAGAGAGCGAAAGUGAAACGCGAGAUUAAGGGAGAAACGAAGGAUCUCUCGUCGACAAGAUUCAAGAAGGAAGAGAAAUCGAAUUCGGGGAUGGAACAGGAAGUAUCCUUCGAGUCCUCAUUCGAUGCGAGUGUCUCCGAUUCGGAUAUCGAAGAUAUCAAAUUCAAUAAUGUGCUGCAAGACGUGCGAGCAUGUCUUGCGCCUGGUUUCGAUACAAGCAGAAGGAAGGACGCACGGAGGAUGCUUAAAAUACUCGGUGCGACGAUGGUUACGUCGGCGAACGGACACGACUCGAAGGCGACUCAUGUCAUCCACACGCGCACGGAAAUUCCGUCCUCGGCCGUCCUUGGGGACUUCGUGGACUUUCCGCGAGCCGUCAAGCACGUGAAUCUAUCCUGGUUGGAGGAAACUGCGGCACGGUCGAGGAGACAGGACGAGGUCCCGCAUGCGGUCCAGUUGGCCGGCGAUUAUUGCGAUUGUCCGUGCAUUCAUCGAUAACGCAACAAGUAUACUCUCGUACGUACGAUUUGUAUGCAUCUUUGCUUCGCAAAUGUCUUUUGUAAAUGUUAAUUAAAUAUGUAAAUUUGCUACAAAGCAAAUUAUAAACGUGUCCUGAUAAAAGCAAAAAGUGGAAUUACAAAGCAAAAGUAAAACAUACUCUUGUUCGAUAAUGAAA